AUGUGUCAUUGUUUCUCUCUCUCCUUCUCGUCGCCUCCCUCCUCUCCUUCUCUUCGUCUUCUCCUUCUCUACUUCUCUCUCGACGGCCACUACACCAGAGGACAUGACCGUGUCAGAAGUUUCACCACAAGAACGAAGAAUCUAUUUAAAACGCAUCCACUGCCCAAACUUUCUCUCAUCUACGAACCAACCAGCCAAGCCAGCCUCUUGAGGUUUCCGAAGAGCAGCUUAUGGCUUCGAGAAGAAUUAACAAGGAGCUUAGGGACCUGCAAAAGAACCCUCCUAUGUCUUGCAGUGCCGGUGAGUAUCAACUAUAUAUUUUCUGGAUAUGCACUUAGCUCUGUUGAAGGGAGGGUUUCAAUGGAGUUUUUCGAUCUAUUAGAGGCUGCUCAAGCUAAAAAAUAUGCUUUCAAGUGUCACCGGAAAUCCGAGGAUGGAAGGGACAUUGUCUAUCCCGUAAAUGCGAUCGCCUUCCAUCCGAUUUAUGAAACUUUUGCUACGGGAGGUUGUGACGGUUUCGUCAACGUUUGGGAUGGUAACAACAAGACGAGUAUAUCAGGUUUAGCAGUGACAACAACUUGCGUCUUUUCUUCUGAUUAUAGCUCAAGCUAAUGUGUCUAGUUAGUGAAAACUGAAUCUUUUUGAUGCAUAUCUACACUUAAGUAUUUAUCAACAUUAUACUAAAAAACAACAUAAAA